CUGCCGAGACGCAAGUCGAUCAGAAACGUACAGGCUAUCGACAUCUCAUGGUUCCGCUGUGGAAAUGGCCUCGUCUAGUCACCUAGCUAUAAAUGCCAAAUGAGCUGCUGUGUUUUGGAGGCGGCCGAGAGAAGAUAGCCCCGCUACAGCCACCACCUGGGAUUACUGGGAAGUUUUGUUACCGUAAUUUGAGGAGUGACUAGGCAGAAAAAAACAAUGCCACAUUUCCUGUGGCCGGAGCCGCUGUCACCCGCUCAACUCAAGCGGUUGGAGGAGCAUAAAUACAGCGCCUCUGGUCGGUCCCUGUUUGAGCCACCGUGUCAAAUCUACUGGAACUGGCUCGUCCAGCAAAUUCCGACAUGGAUCGCACCAAACACUCUGACUAUAGUUGGACUGCUGGUCAAUAUCCUCUCCACGGUGGUGCUUGUGUAUUAUUGUCCCACGGCAACAGAGGAGGCUCCGUCAUGGGCUUUCAUCAUGAGUGCCCUGGGCCUGUUCAUCUACCAGUCUCUGGACGCCAUUGAUGGAAAACAGGCCAGGAGGACGAACAGCAGCUCACCUCUGGGGGAGCUUUUCGACCACGGCUGUGAUGCCGUCUCCACAGUCUUUGUUGCUGUGGGAACAUGUAUUUCAUGUGGAAUAGGAAGAUACGAUAACUGGAUGUUCUUCUGUGGUUUCAUCGGGAUGUUCAUGUUCUUCUGCGCCCACUGGCAGACCUACGUGUCCGGGACCCUCCGCUUCGGCCUGAUUGACGUGACCGAGGUUCAGAUCGCCAUCAUCAUCAUGUAUUUGAUGUCGGCUUUCGGAGGCGUGGCCCUUUGGCAAACCACGCUGCCCGUCCUUGGACUGCAGCUGUACGUCUUCCCCAUCCUCGGCAUCAUUGGAGGGGCCCUCUACUCCUGCUACAACUACUUCCAUGUCAUUUUGAACGGAGGUGUUGGCAAAAACGGCUCCACUGUGGCUGACACCAGUGUGCUGACUCCCGGUUUGCACAUCGGCCUCAUCCUCACCCUCGCCUUCAUCAUUUUCAAGAAGUCAUCCAACCACCUGUUUCAGCACCACCCCUGUCUUUACCUGCUCGCCUUCGGCAUGGUCAUCUCAAAGAUCUCCAACAAGCUGGUGAUCGCACACAUGACCAAGAGUGAGCUGCACCUCCCGGACACGGCCUUCAUCGGCCCCGGCCUCCUCUUCCUCAACCAGUACUUCAACAGCUUCAUUGAUGAGCAUAUAGUUCUCUGGAUAGCCAUGGUCUUCUCUUUUCUGGAUCUGGCGCGCUACUGUACGGGCGUGUGCCUCCAGAUCGCCUCCCACCUGCGCAUCCGAGUCUUCAGCAUCACGGCGCCGUGGGACGCACACCGCGACUGACGGCUUGCCCGGCGGGAGGAGGCGGGGGGAGACGCGGAUCUCUCCCCGCUCCUGAAAGCAGACGACCACGAGGAGACGACCUCGACCCACAGCAGCCUGGACAAAGUGACCACUUCUGAUUAAAACUGCCUCUCACAUCAGAUGGAAAAAAAAAAUUAAAACCAACUUCAACAGUACAAACCAAAAAAAAAAUAAGAAAAGAAAAGAUAAAGCAUGGAUCUAUUUAAAGGAAAAUUCCCUUGGAAUUCCUCAUUGGCUGAAACAGCCAUUUUUAAUUUGAACAUUACAUGCAUGUGAAUAAAAUUUAGAUUUUUACAUCAGCAGUGCAUUCUUUACUCAAACACCAAAAUAAUUUCUUUAGCAGGUAUUCUGUAGUUUGGGCAGAUAUCAGAACAUUUUAGUCUGAUAAGCUUCACAGACCUGUGUCCGUUGAGCGGGACUGUGGUAUAUUUGAGACGCUUAAAUACACGGGGAAAAAAACAUAACUGCUAACUUCGAUAUAUGCUCAAACUAAAUGGAUUACCUGUUGAAAGCUUCCUUAAUCAUUGUCUUUUAUUUAUAAAAUGAAUGUGACUGAAUCCGACAUGAAUCAGGGGCUUGAAAAUACAGAUUUAAAAACUUUUUAAAUGACCUUUAAAACCUCAUAAUUUCCAAUGAAGUUUGCAAUGUGGGCUGGCAGGUAUGGCUCCGUGGAAGGGUUGACAGUCUGUGUUAGUGCUGAAAAACGACGACAGUGGUUUUCUUCAAGGCUUCUCUUACAAACACCUCUCUUAAUAUUUGUAUUGCCUGUUACUCAUCUCAUCCUUACAAACCUGGAAGCUGAAAUAAAAACCACCUCACGUUUGGCCUUUUUUUAGAUCGCCAUCGACUGAUGAAGCAUUAACACACGACUCGUUCUGCUUUCUCUGUUCUUCUCCCUGAAGGGCUAAUUAUUUUGUGAUUGUACAGAAUUCAACUGAAGACGCCUUAAAUAUUUGUGUUGUAAUUACUGUUUAACUUGUGAAUAUUUAAAACAGCUUUGUACGUUCUCUUUUUUCCACUGAAAUAUCAAACCAGAUGCAGCAAUAGUGAUAAUAUGAUGCUACUGGAAGGUGUUUUUGUUUUGUUUUUUUAAAUUGUUCACUCAUGAAGUUCUAUCACAUAUACAAAUGUAUAUUAUGUAUAGGUGACUGAUUGAUUUGGUUCUGGAAGAUUUGUUGGGUUGUCAGUAAUUUUGUAAUUAUUGAUUAUUACCGAAUCAUUAUUCAGGUUCAUUGGGAUCAAAAGGGAAAAUUAAUGGUAAAAAGAAAAAAUGUUGUAUUCUUGAAUUAAGUUUGGAGAAAUAAACUGAUCUUCCUCUCAGAUUCUGCUUCUGCAGGAUCAUGGACAUCAUAGAGGGGCAUGUCCUACAAAUAUGGUCUUAGCAUUAUGUAUGAUGGACUUUGGAACUAUGCAUUGAAAUGUACAACUUUGAUUUCAACACCAUGUUGCACUGUUCAAUAACAAUACAGUAAAACACCUUUGUACUAACAGAUAUGAGUGGAAAAGAUUGUAAUAAAGAAAAUAUUUUUCA